AUGGCGACUGCGGACAUAACGACUUGGUCGAAUGACUAUCUCACCACGGCGGAAGCAAUCACCCACGGUAACGCCUCGGGCGCUGACGGUUCUUGUGUCCAUUUUAUUGAUCCUCAGCAUGGCGUUUAUCAAAUCGGCGGUUUUUGGAUGCUGCUCGGCUUUUUGGUACCGGCGAAUAUCGGAACCUAUCAGACAUUGUGGCUACGACUCAUGUUAUGUAUCGGGUUUUUCUUCCAUGUAUUCUGGGCCGGCCCUGUAAGCUGCUGGCCCGAUGCCUUGGGAUGGAACUUGGUCUUCUUCGUCAUCAACGUCGGUCAGCUGGUGUAUGUGGCUCACGGCAUCCGACCUGUGGAAUUCGAGGAUGAUUUGGGAGAGGCGUACGAGACAUUUUUCAAACCAUUCAACAUCACCCCUCAGCAGUUCAAACGACUAGUUGGCAGGCAUGGUGAAUUGUACGAGCUUGAUAAAACUGGUCACUAUGCCGUGGAAGGGAAGUCACUGGUGGACGAACGAUUGGGACUAUUACUUUCCGGCAGGAUGAAGGUAACUGCAGAGGGCGCUUUUCUUCAUUAUGUUAACAAGAAUCAGUUUUUGGAUUCUCCAGAAUGGGAGUCUUGCUCACGUGAGUCGGGAAACCAUUUCCAGGUUACUAUUACAGCCGUUGAAAAGUGUCGCUAUAUUCAGUGGACGCGCAAGAAGUUGGAAAACCACCUUAACAGGGAACCGUUCCUGAGCGCAGUCUUCGAAGCGAUCAUUGGCAAAGACGUCAUGACUAAGCUAUAUUCACUGAACGCUGGGUCCCAUCACGACAGCGUCCACGAGAUAACUGAGGAGCCAGCAACGGAAACGACCGACGUCGAAGGUGGAGAUGACGCGCGAAGGGCCGACUUCCAGCACCAGUGGACCCCGGUUAAAGACGACAGUGAUGUCGAGAGUUUGAAAGCUCGUAGUCACGGUGGUAGUACACCUAGUCUGACAUCUGGCCUCUCCGUGGUGGAUAUUAGAGCCAGCAUCGCAUCUGGUAGAGGAGCGGCAGGAACACACCUGCCAAACCGCCCUGACAGCGCCGACGUACACCUAUCAAGUGAGAAAUCAAAACUACAACAAAUCAGCGAGUAGAAUCCAAUUUGUAGAUCCCUCCCCCUCCAAGGCAUCAUGUUCAACUAUGUGACAACCGGUCACAUACUUCAUCUUUGUUAGAUCGCAUUACUAGCUACUAGGCGCCAAUACUAUUUACUCUCUCCAAUUAUUAUCUACUAGGACCCAUUAGUAUCUACUAAUCUUGAUUAGUAUCUACUAUCAGUUAAUACUAAUCAGUUACUAACUAACAACAAUUUUGAAUAUUCUUACCAAUUAUGUUUCAAAAUAUUUUAAAACAAAACCUGAUUUUUUUAUCUGAUAUUUAAUAAUUAUCUUGCAAACUAAAAUCGGAGUGAAUAUUGGAUAUGUGAUAUUAUUUUAAGUGAUAAUUUGGCAUCAUUUGACACGUGACUCUGUCCAUUUCUUUCAUAAAACCAUCGAUACCAUUCAAUCAAUCGGAAAGUAGAUUAAAUUAGCUUAACACUUAUGUAGGUCAAAGUCAAAGUCAAUUUUCGCAGACUAAACCCUUGUAGAUUGAUGAAAUUAACCGAAUGUUAUAGAAAAUAACUUUAAAAUGUUGUCGGGAAAUUUAUUUCGUAACAUUUGUUUACAACGCACUUAAAAGUACAAAAUCAUUAUAACUAAUUCGAUAAGAUUAUGAUGGAUAUUUUAAAAAAUCAAAUUAAUUUGAAAAGUUCGAAUCUACUUGUCUUGCUUCUUGUCAGAAAAUGUGCAGAUACAAUCAGGCAAUGAAAACACUGUCACUCUGUGUUAUUUACGUCAUUUCCUGGAACGUCAUAUUCGGUAUUUCUAGUUGUGUGAAGCAAAAUAGUGUACACAAACAAAUGAAUCCAUACACUGCAUGUGUGUUUAAUUUUUCUCUAACACCAUCUAUUAUGUAGCUGUGCACUUUUGCAUACUGAAUUGUGUUUUGAUAAUCGUAUAUAUAUGUGUGUGGGUAACUAGAAAUGUAUGUGUAGUAUAUUGGAAUGUGAUAAUGUCCUGCUUCUAUGUAUCUGUUUUCAUUGUGCAGUCAUGUUUUUUUUCUGUGUCUGCGUUCUUGUUGUCUAACCCAUUUUUUCCUGUUCUCUUUUUUUUUGUUUCUACGUUUGUUUCGUCACAGCUAUAUCCGGUUCACUAAAGUUUCCCUGUUUGACGGGAGGGUUUAACAACACAGCUUACAUCCAGAACAGCCCGGAGUACGAAACGUCAGUCUAACCAUAACCAUGGCGACGUGUGUAUUGGCAGACAUCACAAGCAUGAUGCGGUUGGCAUGGCAAUGUCUGUGGAUGCUGCAAUGAUUGUUACAGUAACUCCUUUUUACCGCACCAAGUUUUUGCAUCAUCGCACCCAGAUGUUUAUGCACGCACGUUAGUUUGGGUCAACAUUAUUAAAUAAUGAAAUACACGCUAGCAUCCAGCAAUGUGUAAAAUAUAUUUGCGUUGUUAAAUUUUAUAUUGUCACUAAAUCCUGCGGACCGAUAAGCAAUAAUUUUUCUGAACGUGGGUGGGUUCGAAAUGAAUGCUAGUUUUUUACGUAAUAACACAUGAAUUCGGCAGCUCUAAUGAAAUCGCCGUAUCUUAACUUUUUUUAUUUUUUUUUCAAAAAUGUAGUUUUCAAUAUAAUAUUGUUUUAUUGUCUUAAGUUUCAAACAAACUCUAAUUGAACUAAUCAUGUUUUAAAUUUCUUCCACACAGAGUUCAAUGUCAAAAAUCCAAGUACAUUACCAUCAUAUUAUCUCAACAUAUUUCUCCCAACAAUAAAAAUAAAAUUCGCAAAACAUAAAAAAAGUCGUAAAAUAAGUAUGGACGGUCCGCAAUCCCCCCCCCCAGCUUGAAAUUUAACGUAUUAAGAGACGUUUGAAACGUUGAGCGCUGUGUGGUAGAAUUUAUUUUUGAAACCUUGUAUUAUAAACGACAGACAUGAUGUGAUUUCACUUGGAAUGACUCGACCAGCCACAUAAUGAUAUAUACACAAGUUGAAACGGAAAGAAUAAGACGGACGUCAUGUGACCACUUGUCAUCUAUUUUCAGACGCGGAUUCAUGAUCUGAUUUGCUGCAGCUGUUAUCGAUUACUCUGCCACGUCUUUAUCCCUAACAGGUGCGCAUACCUAGCAGUUAUUUUGUACACUUCGGUAAUUUCAGUUAUUCCAACCAGGGAGCAGAAAAAAAAAACUUUCAACUAAAAAGAAUUGAGGAUAAUUAAUACAUUAUUAUAAAAUAAUUUAUUAUUAUACAUCUGUCACCGUAACGACAUAAAGUUACAGCGUGCCGUAAUUCUGCGGUAUUUUACAGGAUAUUCUCAUCCUACCGUAUUAGGAAAUGCGAAUUCCAAAUAUGGAACGAUUAUGCGCGUAAGUGUCCUCUUGUAAUGAAAACAAACAUGGCUGCCUCCAGGGUUUGACCGGACUCCACGCAAAGAAGUUCGCUGAUUCUGUUCUAAACUUUCUGUCUUUAGGCAUUCCCGUGAUGUAUCUUUGAGAGGAAUAUAUAAGAUUAUUACGUGGAUACUUAUAUACAUUUCGGUAUCCUCGUAAAAACCUCAUAUUAUAAUGUAUUUAGUAUGAAUCACAUAAUACGUUCGGCGAACCAUUAAUAAAUCUAUAAAUAAUGUUUCCACUAUUGUACCGAAAUACCGGAAUUGUUUACUUUUCUGUGAAUAUUGUUUUUGUUUUAUAUCUUCAUAAAAAAAUAUAAAAAAAACAUCAGAAACUAACCAUUAUUUAAAAAUUAAAAUGUGCCUAUAAUUCAAGCAUUAACUACUCGGCCAAAUAACAAUACGUUCACAAUCGGACACUACUAAAGAGGCUUCCUGUCAAGGAGAAAACACAGCGUGAACAUUUCGGAGUUAGUGGUAACAGCGCCCUCUUUGUCAGGUUUCCAUAUGAGCGUUGACAAAUAAUAGCCAGCGGUAACCUGAUAAGUUUAUUGAAAAUUUUAACGCCACUAUAGUUAUCAAUACGUCUGUCGCUAUUUUAUUGUUUUUGUCCGAACAGAAUUUAGCCACAAAUAAUUAAAUAAUGACGUAAUGCUUAGUGAAGCCAAUGAAAUAAACGCUAAAAAUAGUUAAGGGUAUUAUUAUAUACAGGAUACUACAGUUUUUAUAAUAAAGCUGAAUAUAUUCAAUAUUGGUGUUGACAUCACGUAUCAUAUGCCCGGAAAUCAUCAGAUAACAAAACCGAAUGUGUUAUUUUCAACUAACUUAGGGAUUUCAUAUUAUAGCAUUAAUCACACUUAACUCGGCAAGGUAUGAUCUUUUUUUAAAUGACUGCAUGGCAUUUGAUUACAGUGUAUUGAUUCGCCGUAAAGUGUCUCUUUAAACUGGAACGUGUGAAACGUUAAGACUCUAUCUUGUUCCUUGCGUAAUAUUUACUCAAACAUUUCGAGGUUUUCGAGUUUCCUUAUUUUGUGGAAACAAUAGAUUUAUUCGUCCGAACCAAAUGCAUUAUGGGUAACCUAGCUAUGUACUUUUGUAACUACUUUUUUAUUUAUUUAAUUAAUACUUUGGAUUGUAUAUGUGUGAUAUAUAUAUUUUUUAUUUUAUACAGUUUGACUUUGGUUGUCGUGUUUUGUUUUGUUUCGUUUCCAAUAAAUAUUUGUUUUCUUAA